AAAAAAAAAAAAAAAAGUUUAGUUAACAGUGUUCUAUUAACAGUAAAUUCUGGUGGGGGGAUGUUUACAAGACACACUUUGCGAGACGCUGCCAUGAAUUUUACAGAAGGCGCAACUGAGUUCCAGAGGGGUCCCAACACCUGGACAGUCUCCUGAUGAGUUGCCAAUAGAGUCAGGAUUCGAACCCAGCUCUCUGGCUUUCUGCUCCAAAUCUUAAACCGGGGCGGGAGGGAAAAGAGCAGCCCCCGGGUUCUGGUCGCCACCCGGCCCCGCCUGGUGGGCUCGGGCCACUGCCCUCGGUAGGGUCACGACAAUAGGACAGGACCCCAAAGUUGGACCCGUCUUCAACACUGGAACCCGCCCACGCACAGCUUCACCCGGCCACCGACUAAAAUAGACCACGCCCCCGGACAUCUGGUCCCCGCCCUCGAACUCCUGGGCCCCCUGGUGACAAGUCUCCGUUUCGGCAGGCUACGGGGCUCCGCCCGCACACCGGCCGGGCCCGGUCCCUAAAAGGCAGCUCAGAGCAAAUCCCAUUGCACUGGAACCAUAUCCCUGCUGUGACUUUAAGGAAGACCAGCAGGUCCGGGCCCCCAGGGGUCAACCGCGCCCACGUCUUCGCACUUCCUGCCUGUGGGCCUGCAGGCGUAGAGGGCGUGGAAUUCACAGCCUCCUCUCCCAACCGCAAGGGUCUGCCUUCUGGGAGGAACCCACCACGAUAGGAACCCUGAAGUUCAGCUACGGCGUCCUCCCGAGCCCUUUCUUAAAUGCGCAGGCUCCGGAAGCGGGGCGGAGCGCGCGGCGGGUCACGCACAUCCGGGCGUCGAGUCCGGGGCAUCUUCUCCGGCAGGUGGGUGGGUGGUUGGGGUGGCCUCUCAGGCAGGGUGGCAACCAACUAUGUAUGAGGACCAGUGCCAUUUUGGGGCACCAGAGCUUGUAACCUUUUCAUCUCUACCCAGCUGGGGCCAGGGACCACUCUCAGCACCCACCUCAGCAGCUGACAUCAUAAGACCGACUUGGGAACCUGGAGUCACUCUGGUGAACCUUUUUCUGAGACAUGGAGCUUUGGGGCCGAAUGCUAUGGCGCCUCCUGUCUGGCCCAGGGAGGAGGGGAGGUAUCCGGGGCUGGGCCUUCAGCUCAUGGCAACCUCAUCCACCUCUGGCUGGGUUAUCCAGUGCCAUAGACCUGGUCAACCACUGGACAAGGGUCUUUGAGAAGAAAGGUGUCCCUGAGGCCCGGGAAUCCAGUGAGUACAUCGUGGCUCAUGUCCUUGGAGCCAAAACAUUUCAGAGCCUGAGGCCAGCCCUUCGGACCCAGCACUUGACCUCUCAGCAACUACAGUGUAUCCAGGAGCUGAGUAGCCGUCGAUUACAGAGGAUGCCCGUGCAGUACAUCCUUGGAGAGUGGGACUUUCAGGGUCUCAGCCUGAAGAUGGUGCCCCCCGUGUUUAUUCCUCGGCCAGAAACAGAGGAACUGGUUGAGUGGGUGCUGGAAGAGGUGGCCCAGAGGUCCCAUGCUGCUGUGGGAUCCCCAGGCAGCCCCCUCAUUCUGGAGGUGGGCUGCGGAUCGGGAGCCAUUUCCCUCAGCCUGCUGAGCCAGCUCCCCCAGAGCCGAGUCAUUGCUGUGGAUAAGGGGGAAGCCGCCAUCUCUCUGACCCAUGAGAAUGCUCAGAGGCUUCGGUUGCAGGACAGGAUUUGGAUCAUCCACCUUGACAUGACCUCAGAAGGGAGCUGGACACAACUGCCCUGGGGCCCCAUGGACCUGGUCGUCAGCAACCCUCCCUACGUCUUCCACGAGGACAUGGAGCAGCUGGCCCCUGAGAUCCGCAGCUAUGAAGACCCCGUAGCCCUGGACGGUGGGGAGGAGGGCAUGGACAUCAUUACCCACAUCCUGGCCCUGGCACCCCGGCUCCUGAAGGACUGUGGGAGUAUCUUCUUGGAAGUGGACCCGAGGCACCCGGAGCUUGUCAGCAGCUGGCUUCAGAGCCGGCCUGAGCUGUACCUUAAUCUUGUGGCUGUGCGCAAGGACUUCUGUGGGAGGCCCCGGUUCCUGCAUAUCCGGAGGUCUGGGCCAUAGCAUGGCUUCCCUGUGGAUUCCUUGUCAGUGCCCCCAGCCUGACCAGAGGGAGGUGGAUGGCACUUUCCAGAACCCAGGUGCUUAUGGCAUUUCCCAUGGUUCUGUGAUUUCCCCAUGUUCUGCAUUUCUAGGACAUUCCUACCAGACCUGGGUAGACCCAAGUUCUCUGUCUGGCUGCAUCACAUCAGGGUGGCUGAGGGCAGUUGCUCUGUGUUGGUGAAAUUGCUGUGGGGGUGUCGGGGGAUACAGCCAGUAAAGUACUGAGAGACUAACAAAUGGUGACCUAAUGUUUUGUUCCAUGACUUGCAGGUCCCCUGACCCCUUACUCUCAGGUAGCGCUGGGGUGAGAGUUUCCUUCUGCCCGAGCUGGGCUGGCUUGGUAGAGGUGUGGGAGUGCAGCCUGGAGAAAGGAACAUGAGUGCUCACCCAUGGCCUUAGAUACCGUGGGGCCUGGCGUAGAGCACCUCACUCCCAGGGGUUGAUUAGUCCUCCCCUGCCCUGGGUGCAUGCACACAUACUUCCCUGGCCAAGCCUGGCUCCGAGCACAGGAAGCUCAUCUGCCCAUCAGCUCAGGGAUGACUGCUUGCUUUCUGGAGGGGAGGGCCUGGAGGUCCUUGCUGCAUGGUUCCUGGGUCACACAUCCACAUUCAUUUAACUGAAGCUUAAGCCAGUGAAGGGUGAGCAGGGCUUUUGUUUUCUUUUUCUCCCCAUUGCUUUUAGCUAAAACAUCCCUUCCAAGUUGACCCCCUGGGGUUUCAGAUAACUGUUGUGUCCCUGGUUGGGGCUGGGGAGAAUGAGAAGCUGAGAGAUGGGGCACAGGGUUCUGGCCUCCACUGCAGCUCUGGUCUGUGCAGACUUAUGGUCACCAGGAGGCCUGAAGAUCCAGCCUUCCUGUCAACAGCAACAGGAAAUCCCUAGGUUGGUGAGUGCUGAUGGUGUGAGCCUACAUCAGGGUGAGUCCUAAGGAGCAUGGCAAACCAGGCUGGCUCAUUCCACCAGACUGCCCCCCUGCUGCCCCGGCACUUCCAAGGACCUGGCAGUAUGGUCUGUUGGGCAGCAUUCUCUGCAGGAGCUGGAGAGCUGAGUUCCAGGGCUGCGUCCUGCAGUGGGACCUUGGGCAGCUCCUUUCCCUGUGAGAAGAUGGCUCUUCUGAGUCCCAGGCCAAUGCCAAGUGACAGCGUCUUUACUCUUAGCCAAGUGGGAUGUACAUGCUAGUGUCUGAAUUCUCCAGAGAGAAUGGACGUUCAGACACCAGCAUGACCAACAGAAGGUGUGGCCUGUCUGAGGUCCCAUGAUAGUGGCCAAGUGGAGACAGUAGGUUAGAUCCCUGCCUUUGGGGAGCCUGUAUUGCUGGAGUCAUACCCAGCCUGAGUGUUGCCCUGCACUAUGGCUGGAGGACACAUUUGGCAGAGGUCAUGCUGCAGCUCCCAGUGCCCCAGGGUCCUGCCCUGUGCCCAGCCCCAGCUGCAUGGACCCUGAACUGCCCAUGGCUUCCUUUGAGAAGGCUGAUCCAGAAGGAACCUAGGUGCGGAGGGCAAAGGGGUUGUGCAACCAGGGUGAGGCUCCCCACUUCCUGUGCCUCCCAUGCUCACAGACCUUUGCCUGCUAUGGUCCUCACCAGUAUUGCCCCUUCUCUCUUCCUCCGUGUGCCCUUUGGCUUUUACUGUCUUCAACAGCAUCUCAGGGCAGCUGCCCUGAUCCUGGAGCAGUUUGUCGCCCCCCACACCUCAGCCAGUCCUGGCAUCCCUGAUGGUCUCAGCCUCCUGGCUUCAGGCCCAUUGCUGAGGAAGGGCCUUGGCAAGCUUGUGGAUAUUGCACUGGAAGAGAGUACAGUGUUGGGGAGUGACAGUGUCGGGGAAGCUGGGGCCAUGAGCAUAAGCCAUUCUUGGGGACAACUUUCUGCCCAGAAAAACGUGUGGCUUGACUCUGCUUGGGGAAAAGGUCUAAGCCAAGUGGACUGACAGGUGGGGCCUGAAGCCUGCAGACACUGGCUUGAUUGGGUCCUGGACGUUGAGCCCUGAUGUUGGAGCCACACCAGAUUCGCAUCCCAGAAUCUGCCCCUUACCAAGAUGUGACCUUGGGCAGAUGACUUCACCUCACUCAACCUUGGCUUCUAAGGCUGAGAAAUGGGACUAAAUGCUUUAUUUUAUAGGAUGCCUUUGAGGAGCCCAUGGAAUGUGCCUGGCUUGUCACAUUGUGGCACUUUGCCUUGCCUUCCUUGGAGGGCAGACACAGAGAAGGAGGGCCCAGUGCCCUCAGUCAUCCGUCUGAUGCUUGGGACCAACAUAAGGCAGGCAGGGACACAAAGCAGCCUGGAAAGGAGGGAAGGCAGGGGUUUCAGUCUUGGGCUCUUGAAUCCUCACUGUUAUCUGGAGAUGGAACCAGCAGGCUGGUAGCCUGGCACCCCAUAUCUCCCCUCAGCCCCUCCUCACUGGGGCCCCAGUGCCUUGAGGCCUAGGCCAGGGCAGCCAGUGGCUCCAGCUCAGGGAAAGCUAGGCUCACCUACCCUGUCCCCUCCCUUGCUCCUGAGGCCAAAGCCAGUGACUCAGAACUGACCCCCCCCAGCACAUGUCAAGGGGCACUUGCAGGUAGAAUGGGAGGAGGACAUGAAACUGAUGGUGGAUUCCAGGCUGUGCAGGCCGCUGAGGUCUUGAGAUAUGUGCCUACUGCCCAUGUAGCCUCCUUCAGCCAGAGCCCGGAGCAUAGACAGGAGUGUAGGCUUCCGUUUGAUGUACUCCAGGAACGUAAUUCUACCUCCUCUUCAGAUAGUUGGGGAAACAGGCCAUGUCUCACAGUUGGAUGCUUUUCCCAGUUGUCAAUGGGUUUCUCCAUGGGACUCAUCCAGCUGCCUUAUUAAAAUAUGCCCCCAACCCCCUAAAUGCAAGGAAUAUACUCUUUUUUGCUCCCUCACUCCUACCUGGACCCUGGGCCAAUAGCCGCUCUCAAUCCCUGCCCUAAACACUUGGCUGGCUGCCCAUGACUUAAGUAUGUUCUCUUGUGUCCUAUGGAAUCCAGUUCUGAACAGGUCAGUGAGGACAGCUGUGGGGAAAAGCCCUGGGCAUCCCUUACAAGGCCCCAUCAGUGCUCUGAGUAGGCUGCCAUCAAAACAAAGGGUUACACUGUGGACAAUGUUUGAGAACUGCCAGCUUGAAGUGGGAACCCCGUUAACCUCUGCGUGGCAGCAUGUCUUUCCCUGUCCACCUUCACUUCUUUUUCUCUCUCAUUUUUCUUUAUAGGCUCCUUUUGAAUGGUUUAUUUUCUCUACUGCCCUGGGCUUCAGCCUUUAUACAACACUCUUCAUGCCCUGAGCACACACCUUCCCUUUGCUCAGGCAGGGCAGACCAUGCCCACUUUCAAGCUGCAAUGCAAAUGCUGCCUCCUUUAGGACACCUGCUCUGUGCUCUCCCUGCCUCCCCUGCACCAGUUACUUUCUGUCCUAUGCCUUCAGAAACCUUCUUAUCCCCCUCAUCUCUGGAGGCCCCUGUGGGUUUGGCAUACCCAAGUUCAGUAAGUAUCUACCAGUAAGUUGACUGUGCAUGCAUUUUCUAGAAUAGAGCUGAGACUUCCCAUGUGGCCCACAUCUGACCUGGCGGCCCAUGUAUUCUGGUCAUUAGGGAGAGAAAGCCAUGAGGACCUGGCCUUCUGCCCAAUCCAGGCAGCUGUUCAAGUUGAGCGAUGGCUGGUUCGAAGACUCAAGUGCACCUGAUCCCUGUGCCGCAGCCACAACAGAACAGGCUGUCCUUGGCGGCCGUAGGGGCAGGCGCCAGGUUUCCUGGAGCUCUUGGCUUCAGCCAGCCCCCAGCAAGGGUGCUGGCUAGGACAGCAACCUGAUCUCCCCCUCAUGACCUGCCCUGGACAAGCCCCCUGAAACUGGCUUUGGGACUAUCAAAGCAAAUCAACCCCUGCUCUGGUAGGCCUAACAAUUACCACCUCCCCCCUCCAAUGGCAGUAUCUUAAUCACCUAAACCGAAACGUGACUUACCUUCACAUAGCAAAAUGGACUUUGCAGUUGUGAUUAAGGAUUUUGAGAUAGAAAGAGUAUCCUGGAUUUUUCAGGUAAACAGUAUAACCACAAGGGCCUCUGUAAAGAAGGAGGCAGGAGUGUCAGAGUGAUGGAAGAAAACGUAACAAUAGAAGCAGAGGUCAGAGUGAUGCAGUUGCUAGACAAAGAGCCAUGAGCCAAGGAAUGCAGACAGCCUCUUCUUCCCUGGGGCCUCAGAAAGAAUGCAGUCCUGCCAACACCCUGAUUUUAAUUUGAAACUGAUUUCAGAUUGCUGACCUCCAGAAUAGUAAGAUGAUAAAUUUGUGUCGUUUGUUAUUUUCAGCCACUAAAUGUGUGAUAAUUUGUUACAGCAGCCACGGGAAACGAAUGCAGAUUGUGGAGCCUAAAGUAGAGUGAUGCUGUAACACAUGCCUACAAAUUGAAGUGGCUUUGGAAUUGCAUUAUGGAAAUGAGCAGAGGCUGGAAGAAUUUUGAGGAUCAUGAUAAAUUGCCUCAACCACCUCUCCUCUGAUAGGUGGUGUGGCCAGGGGAACGCUUCCUCAACCUUAAGGCCUAAACUGCCCAGGCCCCCUUUUUAAACUCAUAUUUGGAGACAGGUGGCCCUUUCCCAGAGUGAGAAGACUGGAAGACUGACCAGUAUGGACCCCAGAAGGGAGUGGGUAAGGAAUGGGACUGGGGUGUGAGGAGAGAGUGCAAGCCUGGCCUCCAUGAUUCAUCUCCAGAGACUGGGUCCAGGGGGGACCUUGGAGACUGGGACCAAGCCUGUUCCUGCUCUGCUGUGGAGUUAUGUGACUGGCCCAGGACCCCUUGGGUGUGUGAGGAUGGGUAGGGGCCCUGUACUCUCUGGUUGCCGGUACUGCAUCUGUGAAAUGAGCACAGCAGCCCCUGACUUUGAGCUGAUGGGCCUGGCCCCUCCAUGUAAGCCAUAGAACUGAGCAGAGCGGUGUCACCAUUCUGUUCCUAUGGUGGAAUGGGGCCAUCUCUCGGGUUCUCAACCUCCUGGUCCCCAAAACUGAAGUGGCCAACUGGUGCCCUCAGCCCUGUCCCUGUCCAGGCUGGGACUAGGACCUCCCUCUCCAGGGGUACUAAGGGACUCUGGAGACACCAUCCCACCUGACCAAGGCUUGGGGCUCCUAAAGCCAGCCCUAACCCAGGAACCAUAUGAAGAGCUACUGGGAGGCCAGACAUGGGCCUCAUGCUGGGUUUCAGAACUGAGAAGCUAGGAGACAGAUAGCAUGGACACCUGGGUUCAAGCUUGGCCCAAAUAACCUGAAUACGCUUUGGAUGAAGACAGGAGGGCCUAUUUAUACCGGAAUGGUUGGAUCAUGGCAAGACUUAUGUUCAAUCCCUGAUCUUUUUUCCUGGAGAGGGAUGGGGCUUACUUGAAAUACACAGCACUUGACUCCUGA